GUUUAGAUCAGCGCUUUUGUUACCGAGCGUUAUCGAUAACGGCCGCGCGCGAAGAUAUCGCUUAUCCGCCACGGCCGGAGCGAAGAUAAACGAUAAAUUUAUCGGGGCGAUAACGAGGGCAGAAACCGACGAGGUGCGAAUGAUCGGACAGUCUUCCGUGGUCCGGUGGUUAGCGCGGUUUCGCCAACCAACCCUCGGCAACGCGGAUCGGAUUGCUUCACCUUGCCGAGUUUCGGAAGUGGAAGCUGCAGCUAGAGAUCUCUCUCUCUCUCUCUCUCCCCUUUUUCUCAUCUAGACUCGCUCUCUAUCUCUCUCUUUCUCUUUCUGCGCGUGAUUGUCCCUUAUCUAUCGUUUGUCGGAGCGAGGCGAGCAAGGUCUUCUCUCCUCGAUUAUUAUGCGAUAUACGGAAGCGGACCCGAUGGUGGAGCAGAGCUACGCGCAGCAGCUCAACGACAUGUCGGCGAACAAUGGCGAGCAACAGUCGCAGGCGGCCGCCUCAUCGAGCACGGCGACACAGACGGAGGUGAUGGAACUGCGGGAGAGCGUACCGGUUGUUUACGCGAGCAGCACUGUCAUCACGGCCCAACCGGGAGAAGGCGAGGGCCGGUUCCCUCGUAGGCCAAUUCCCAUCAAUACCAUAGACUGGGUUACAAUACCUGGGAACCAGUUGAACCCGAUCUCCGGCACCCAGUUCCUGGAAGGUGUCGAGCAGUUGGAAAUUCAGCAGGUUAUUGAUUUGAGUACUCUGCUCGGCAGAACGGACAAGGGUACUCAGUACAGGGUGAAGGUACCGCGCGCGGAAACGCUGUUCCUCGCCAUGGAAUCCAAGAUGGAAACGCAAUCGCGAUUGUGCGGCUGGUACAAGGGCUUCGUGUUGAACGUUCUGGAUCAAUGUGGCGAGACCGCUUUCGUAAUCCGAAAGGAUCCGAGCCUGCUGCACGUGCCGGGCUCUCGACAGAAAAUUACUGUGGAAAGCGCGAAUCUCAUCGGCAGCGUGGAGAAGAACUUCAGCCUGCUGGGGCCGAACUUCACCGUCUACAACGCAACCAACGAGCCGCUCUGCAACAUCUACGGACCGAACGUUUGCGACUGUUGCAUGUACAAGGAAGCGCAGUUCCAGGUCAUAUCAAUAGAUGGGUCGCGCCAAGUCGCAUCGCUGAUGCAUCAAUGGGAUCACUUGGCGGUCGAUUAUAUCCUGCUGCUUACAUUUCCGAUAGAAACAGACGUGAGAUUGAAGAGUUUGCUCCUCGGCGCGUCGUUCUUGAUAGAAUACCUGUAUUUUCAUCGAAUAAGAAGAGCGACCAGGAGUUAGAAAUUGAUUCUAAAUAAUUGGAAUUUUUUAAAUUUUGCUAACAAGAUUUUCUUCGCAAAUUGUAGAUUGUUCAUAAUUGAUACUUUUUAACAAAUUUAGGUUCAUAUAUAAUUUACACAACCUUACAUAAAUUUACAUUAAUCUUAUAUAAUGAAUUUUAUAUGAGUGAUAACAAUUUGCAAAAAGUUAUUAUAUGUAUAGAUAUUGUAAUUCAUUGAUUUUAAUAACGAGACAAAUACUCACUGUAAAAGUGUGCAAGAUACAAAUGUGGUUUCUAAGAUUUCUGAGAAAUGCGCAAAAUGUCUUUUAAUGGAUUUUUCGAAGUUUGAAACGAGAUAAUUGAUGACAAUAUCCGCUCUUUCGGGAAGCUGAUAACUAAGCGGCAUCGUCAUUAUAAUUUAUACAAAAAUAUUCCUUGAAAGAAAUAUUUCUUUAUUUUUAUUUAUUCUAUCGUCAAAGAAACCAAAUGUGUGCCUUUUAUAUAUGCGCGCCCAGAUAGUUUAAUAUACCUUGAUGUUGUAACAACCAAUUUAGACUAACUCGAAACAAGAUAAAAUAGCAUUAUGUCUAUUAAGUGAAUUGUGAAGUUUUAUUUUUAACAAUGACAAAUUAAUAGCAACAUGUCAGGAUCAACUUGCUAUCAACCAUUGGUUGUUGUCAUAUUGCUUCUAUAUCGAAAAACAAUAUAACAUAUCAAUAUUUGUAUUGCUGAUUUGUUUGUUUUCUAAAAUUUUCUCAACUGAUUGCAUGUUUAAGUAAUCAUGCUGGAUUUGUAAUGUGUUUUAUUUCGAUGUCAUCAAAUGUAUAACAAAUAUAUAAAAACAUGCAAUGGGUUGAUUAUCUCUCCCGAUAGGAAGAUUUUGCAAACAUUGCACAAUAAUGGCAUUAAAAAUUGUGCUAAGAUAAUUCGCCAUUACGCAACAAUUUUGUCAGAAUAUAAUUUUUAAAUAAUAUUUGUUAAAAAUUAGACAAAUAUUGAAACAUAAAUAAUUUGCAGUUGUUUCAGCAUUUAAGAUUAUCACAUUAUAAUCUUCAAUAUUUUCACAAUGUAAUGCAGCAAUAAUAAUGUGCAAUAUUUACAGCAUUUAAUCUUCAAUAUUUAAUUCAAAAUUAAUAUCAAAAGGUAUGAAUUUUAACAAAUAUCGUUUAUUCACUAGACUAGAUUUAAUAAAGAUUAAAAAAGAAGCACUUUAUCUGACAGAUUAGUUGCGUCCGUUGAAGAGUUAAGUAUUUUAUUGGUAGUAAUAGCAGUCAGAAACUCUUAAAUCAUUCCUACAUUAUAAUGCACAAAUCUUGAAACAUGCAAUAUUACACAUUUCAUGUUUCAAUAUUUGUGCAUUAUAAUUUAGGAAUAAUUGGGGAAUAAUUUGAGUCUUUUGUGCACAAUUAUAUUUCGAAAUGUUUUAAUCAUGUUACGACUGAAAUAUUUUUCUCAAUUAUUGCACAAUUUAUUUCUAAAUUUAAUUUUGCAAAUGUGCUGUUAAGAUGAUUCGCCAUAUCGCUAUUGUUAUGCCAACAUAUCAUUUCAAAAUUUAAUUGCGCAAACAUUUCUUAAUGUUUUACAAAAGGUUAACGUUUCUACAUCUAUUUUCUCAACUGUGCCCUUAUAAUGACGGGAUUAUAAAUCUUUUACAAUUCUUUUGUCAUACAAUUUUAUAAAUCUUUUCCUAUCGGGGUCAGAAUGCUACCUCGCGCCUGGGUCAUCUGAGCGCCAAUUUACACAUAUCCGUAACGUGUCAGUGCCGUAUCAGUACCGUGUCAGUGACAUCCGUGACAUUUCUGUCAUCAAAUGACCGUUUCCACGUAUCCGUGUAAUUUGCAUCUAUAUACAAGAUUUAAUCCUAAAAAAGUGAUACGUGUAAAUUGACCUUUAUAUAUGCAAAUAUGAAAAAAUUAUAUGUUGUUAACAAAUUACAAAAAA